AGCUAGAUCGUGAGAUAUCAGUACAGACCAACAGAAACGUUCGAGUAUUGCAGACAAAAUGAAGAUCCUCUUCUUCCUAUUCCUUGUCGGAGCUGCCCUGGCUAAGGAGUCCCCGCUUAGAGCAAUUCUACGAUCACCUGUGGAAACUCUGAAGCUCUACAAUUCCUUUAAAGGCGAGCAGCAACUCUCUUUUCAAGCAGCUGAAGAUCGAAUGAGAUUCCGACUGUUCAGAAAAAGUGCAGAGUUUGUGGCAGAAGAAAAUUCUGCUGAAGGAGAGACGGCAGCGUUCGCUCUUAACUUCUUCUCCACGUUGACUGAAUCCGAGAAACAAUCCUGGCUAGGGUUUAACGCUACCGGUGCAGAACCAAACCCUCUCCCUAAAAUAAACUCUGGUCUUAAAAAUGAUAAGACCCCAGAUGAAAAACUGUGGACUGAUGAAGGUAAAGUGACUGCUGUAAGAAACCAAGGGCUUUGCGGAUCCUGCUGGACCUUCGGAGCAGUUGGUGGUUUGGAGACGAGAUACGCUAGAAUAGCUGGAAUUCUGAAGACCUUCUCUGAGCAGGAGUAUCUGGACUGUGUCUACGAAGGAAGGAGAAACGGGUGUAGGGGAGGUUGGAUGAAGGAUGCCUACGAAUAUUCAGCUAGAGCUGGAGGACGACUUGCUAGGGCAGCAGAUUACCCAUACACUCAACAAGAUGGGUACUGCCAGGCUUCCAUCAAGCCUGAUGCCAUGAUCGCCGCAAAAAUCGCAGGGAAUGUUCCCGUUGCACAAAGUGAACAGUCUAACAUCGAUGCUCUGGCACACGGGUCUCUUGCUGUAGCCUUUGAGGUCACCAACAGAUUCCAAAGUUACAGCAAUGGAAUCUUCACAGACCACACGUGCAGGGGAUAUCCUAACCAUGCAGUCACUGCAGUGGGAUACACUAAGGACUACGUUCUGGUAAAGAACUCUUGGGGUGAAUACUGGGGAGAUGCUGGAUACGUGAAGUUUACACGAAACCACCACAACUGUCAUCUGUGGAAUCACAGCAGUUAUCCCAGUCUGACUCGUACUGGUGUUGUUGACGAUGACAAAGCCAAACCGGAACCUACUUCCCCUCCACGUCCUGAUCCUAUCCCUGAUCCUAACUGCAAAGAUAGUCAUCCAACCUGUGAUAAGGAUUGGUGCACAGCAGGGGACUACAUAGCCGAGGAAUACUGUCAGAAGACAUGUAAAUAUUGUACUGACGGUGAAGAUGACGGUGACGAUGAUGGUGGAGAUGAUGGUGGAGAUGAUGGCUGUCCUGGGGGCACGACACUAUGUCCUGAUGGAAUCUGCAGACACGAACACAUGUGCUAGUUUACAACAUUACACGUCUUUACAAUUCGUAAAAUUGCAAUUUAUCAACAUCAUGAAUUGCCUUGCAUUUUAAUAUUUGUCGUUUUAUUUGACAUCUUGAACAAUGGUAACGAUCUGACAAAUCAAUAUUUGCAU